AUGGCGCCCAUGACUCCGGUCGGUGCGGAGCUAAACAAGGACGAGGACCAUGAUCAUCUUCACGACGAUCCAAUUGACGUGGAGGAAGACGAGGAGGAAGACGAUCUAGAUCCGGCGCAAAAGGAAUAUUUGGAACGGCACCGGGUACUUGAUGACUUCUUGUUGCCACUGGCUCUCGACGAAGCAGUUCUUUAUAAACUUGCGCGUCGGUUUUCUGGCGUAUAUCGCAGGCUUGCUCUUGAAUCUGAAGAACAGUUUCUACCUACGCCGGUGACCAACCUACCCACAGGAUUGGAGACUGGCCGUUACUUGGCGAUCGAUGUCGGCGGGAGUAACUUGCGCGUCGCAUUCAUCGAGCUGCUGGGAGAAUCCGCCGAUUCGGACAUUCGCUCCGCAGACGCUUCGGAGAGAUCGCGGCAUACAAUCCGGAAGGCGCAGCGACAGCGCGUGAAACGCACCUUAGAGAAGGCGUGGCCCAUCCAGGAGCAUCUCAAGAUGGAUAAGGCGGAGGACUUGUUCUCUUGGAUUGGCGACUGCAUUGCGGAAGUGGUGGCGGAAAGUCUGACCUCGGAUGCGACGAAGGGCACGGUUCCGGAGGAGUUGGAGAUGGGGAUUACUUUCAGUUUCCCGAUAAUGCAAGAGUCUCUGGCAGAGGCUACCUUGAUGCCGAUGGGGAAGGGAUUUGCAAUUACCUCGGACCUCGAUCUUCGAAAGAUCCUGCUCAAUGGUUACGAGAAACACACGAAGCGCCCGGAUGCUGACGAUGAGCCCUCGACCAAGCGCCGAAAGCUUUACUCGCUGCCAAAGCUCAAGAUUACCGCUAUCACUAAUGACGCCGUUGCUACUCUUACUUCCCUGGCCUACGCGGUGAAAUCACUCCCAAAUAGUCGUGUCGUAAUGGGCAUCAUUGUAGGAACUGGGUGUAAUGCUACAAUUCCUAUGAGACUUGGGUCGCUGCAUGAAUCCAAGGCGAGCCAUGUGAAGCUGAGAAAUUCCGCGGCGGAAGAGACGGUGGUCAAUACGGAAUGGACUCUUUCGGGAGCCCUACCGCCCUUGAAGGAACUCGGUAUCAUCACUAAGUGGGACGCUGAGCUUGACAGGGCGUGCGCACGUCCCGGCUUUCAGCCAUUCGAAUACAUGACUGGAGGUCGAUAUAUCGGCGAGCUGGUCCGACUCAUCCUUUUAGACUACUUCACAACGGUGCAUGGCGUGGCGCCGAAGGGUCUACCUGCAAACAUCAUCAAAGACUAUGCACUUACGACCUCGUAUAUCUCUGACAAGGUCGCCCGUGCCCGUACGGAUCAGGAAUUAGCUGAUGAACUGGGGCGUUCUUUGUCGCCGCCUAAAGAUGGUGACUGGCAAUGGGAUGCCAUGACAGCUGGAGCCUUUCGCAAGAUUGCCCGAACGGUGCAGAGACGAUCUGCCGGUCUAAUUGCAGCGGCGGUUGUAGGGUUACUGGCUUGUGCGCGAGAAAUUGAGCUCAAAGUGGAUAGCAACGAGAAUUCGCCGCUGAACUCCAGUGCCGCUUCGCCAGUGCAUAAUGGCAGCUCUCAUGAAUUCACACCACCUACGUUGGGAGUUCCAGGCACGAGCCAAUCUCGAGGACCGAUAGUCCCCGUCCUUUCACCGACACCCACGCCGGCUGACUGGCAGUCAGGCCCCGAGGAACUGGUGGUUGCCUAUACCGGUGGAAUCAUCCAACAUUAUCCCAAUUUUAAGGAAAUGUGUCAGCAGUUUAUCGAUCGCCUGAUCAUGCGGACCGGCCCGCAGAAAAGCGGAAAAUCCGUGUUCUUACGUGAGGCUUCGGAUGGUGGGAUCAUCGGGGCUGGAGUUCUGGCGGGCAUGGUGGGAAACAACCCAUCCCUCUAA